CGCUGACCUCUCGUUGCUGGCCCGUGUCCUUGCAGGGCUGGUCCGGCUUAACAGCUGGCGAGCAACUGAAGACCAGAGUCAUGGGCAAAGGCGAAGGCAAAGGCGGCGUUUCAGACCCGCACAAGGGGCCGGGCUGCUGCGGCGGCUGCGCGACCGACGAUCCCGACUUCCCCGCUGAUCCAGAUGAGGCGGGCUGCACCGACAUCUUUUGCCUCGGCCUCUUCUUGGUCUUUUGGGUGGGCAUCGUGGGGAUCGGCGUGUCCGCCAUCUCCACGGGCGACCUGACGGCGCUCUAUCGCGGCGCGGACUACCUGGGCAACCGGUGUGGCGUCGAUGACAACAACUUUGAAAAGAACGGUGAAAGUUACUCCGUCCCCGGGGAUCCUGAUACGGGUAGCACGCUGGGCGGGUACAUUUGGUACCCGCAGAUCGCAAAGGACCUGUCGCUGCAGCAGUCGCUCAUCGCCAAGGGCCAGUGGGCCUCGGUGACCCUGUACGGCCUCUGUGUCGACGAGUGCCCUAAAGUCGGGUCAGAGCCGAUUGAGGACUAUGGGCACCAGGCGAGGAAGAAUGGAAAGGAGGGGGGCAAGGUGUUGUGUUCCGUUGCCCAUGAGGAUGACGAGAAGUGUACGGACGACGAGAUCUUGUCCAAGGCGGGCGAGGAUGGCACGUGGGGCAUACUCAUCUUCUUCUACCUCUUCGCGGGCGUCGCUGUCUACCUCGCCAUCUUCCUCCUCCUCCUCACCUUCGCCAUCGCCACCGCAAUCUUCGCGUAUAAGGGCUCCCCCUCCCAACCACACCACCGCGCGGAGAGGGGCCGGGCAUGCCCCGAAGCCUGCUCGGAGCUCCUCCCCGUAGGUGGCCUCUCCACGCCCUACAUCGACGACCUCGUCACGCAGGGCGCAGGCUACGUCGGCGACAAGAUGGACGAGCACGGCUUCGACACCGCCUACGUCAACGAGAGCAUGAAGGAGAUCUACAAGUGGAUGGCGAUCGUGACGGGCGUGCUGCUGCUGCUCGCCCUCAUCUUCAUCUGCAUGGCCUCCAAGCAGAUCAAGCGCACCACCGCUCUCGUCUCGGAGGGGACAAAGGUCAUCAAGAACUCGCCCGCGAUGAUGUUUGUCCCGCUCGCCUCGUACAUCGCGCAGCUCGUCGCCGUGUCCAUCUGCGCCCUCAUCAUCUGCUACCUGUGGACCGACCCGGCCUGCCCGCAACAGGGCGUGACACGAGCCUCGUCGUACCAGACCACCCUCGGCUGGGCGGAGGAGCUGAAGGCCAAGGCGAACUCGACCAUCGACAUCGCCGUCGACCCGAACGACCUGCUCAAGUACGAGACCGCCUACGUUGCCUUUGGCGGCCUGUGGACCUACCUCUUCUACGACGCCAUCGUCACCACAAUCAUCUCGGGCUGCGUGGUCUACUACUACUUCAUCGACCAAGACACCGCCGGCAUGAAGGACUCGCGCUACGCCGACAACCAGACCGACCUCAUCACCCUCUCCCAGAUCGGGCAGGUCAUCCGGUGCAACCUCGGCUCGAUGGCCUUCGGAUCGCUCAUCCUCGCCCUCAUCUCGGUGGUUCGCAUCGUGCUCGAGUACAUCGACGACCAAACCAAGGACGUGCAGGACGCCAACAUCCUGCUCAAGUACGCGCUCAAGUGCUGCAAGUGCUUCCUGAUGUGCUUUGAAAAGUCGAUCAAGUUCCUCACCUCGUACGCUUACACCUUCGUCAUCCUCGAGAACCGCGGCUUCUGCUCCGCCUGCUACAUGUCGUACACCCUCCUCGGCGAGUACGCCACGCAGAUCGCAAUCAACAAGAUGGUCUGCUUCGUCCUCUACUGGAUCCAGUCCAUCGUCACGCCGAUCGCCCCAUCCGCACCUGUCCGAGGAUGA